AUGAUACCUUNGCAUGCUCUGGCUCUUCAAUUUCUGGAAAAUGGAGGCUUGGUUGCUCUUUUUAGCCUUCCAAGAAGUUGCUUCUUUCCUGGGUAUGAUACUUUGGCAUCUGCUAUCAUUCGGCAUCUCCUUGAGGAUCCUCAGACCCUGCAGACAGCCAUGGAAUUUGAGAUACGGCAAACUCUAAGUGGAAAUCGUCAUACUGGUCGUAUUUCUCCACGUGCAUUUUUGACAUCAAUGUCACCUGUUAUGUCUAGAGAUGCAGAGGUAUUCAUGAAAGCAGCAGCUGCUGUUUGUCAGUUGGAAUCAUCAGGAGGAAGGACCUUUGUUGUGUUAUCAAAAGAAAAAGAGAAAGAUAAGGAAAAGUCAAAAGUAUCUGGUGUUGAACUGGGGAGCUAUUGCCGUUUACUGGAGUAUUUUGUAAAUUCUUCUUUGCUUCUAUCUCCAAACUCUGCAUCCCAAGCUCAGCUACUUGUUCAGCCUGUUGCAGUUGGUUUAUCAAUUGGGUUAUUUCCUGUUCCAAGAGACCCAGAGGUGUUUGUCCGUAUGCUGCAGUCUCAGGUUCUGGAUGUAAUACUUCCUGUCUGGAACCACUCUAUGUUUCCAAAGUGCAAUCCGGGUUUCAUUGCCUCCAUUGUUUUGCUUGUUACUCAUGUAUACUGUGGUGUUGGAGAUGUGAAGCGGAAUCGCAAUGUUGGGUCAGGAAGUACAAACCAACGCUAUAUAGCACCCCCACCUGAUGAAGCUACUAUUGCCACAAUUGUGGAGAUGGGUUUUGGCAGGGCAAGAGCAGAGGAAGCACUGAGACGGGUGGAAACAAACAGUGUUGAGAUGGCCAUGGAAUGGUUGUUUAGUCAUGUUGAAGAUCCUGUUCAGGAGGAUGAUGAAUUGGCGCGGGCACUUGCUUUGUCACUAGGAAGUUCAUCGGAGACAUCUAAAGUUGAAAACAUUGAUAAGUCCAUCGAUACCCUCAAGGACGAUGGACGAACAAAGGAACCCCCUGUGGAUGACAUUCUUGCUGCAACGAUGAAAUUGUUUGAGAGUAGUGACUGGAUGGCUUUUCCUUUGACUGAUUUGCUAGUUACGCUUUGCAGUCGGAACAAAGGUGAAGAUCGCCCAAGAGUGAUCUCUUAUCUUAUUCAGCAGCUAAAGCUUUGCCCAUUGGAAUUUUCUAAGGAUGCCAGUGCUUUGUGUAUGAUAUCACAUACUUUAGCAUUGCUUCUUUCUGAAGAUGGAAGUGCGCGAGAGAUCGUUGCAAAGAAUGGUAUUGCCAAUGUAGCCAUCGAUAUUCUGAUGAACUUCAAAGCAAGAACUGAGUCAGGAAACGAGCCAGUGGUACCAAAAUGUGUUAGUGCUCUACUACUUAUCUUGGAUAAUUUGUUGCAAUCCAGGCCUAGAAUAUCUGCUGAUAUUACUGAGGGAACUCCUGGGGGACCUUUACCUGACUCGUCUGGGGAGCAUGUUUCAUUGUCUGUUUCAGAAGCAGUAAAAGAGAGAAAUCCAACUCCAGCAGCCCAUGAUAAAGACUCUACUUCAUUUGAGAGAAUUUUUGGAAACUCUACCGGCUAUUUGACUGUUGAUGAGAGUCGAAGGGUAUUGGUUGUUGCUUGUGACUUGAUAAGACAACAUGUCCCAGCUAUGGUCAUGCAGUCUGUUUUACAAUUAUGUGCUCGGUUGACAAAAACAUUCUCUGGCUCUGCAAUUUCUCGAAAAUGGAGGCUUGGUUGCUCUUUUUAG